AACUUUACGGCAGAUCCCGGAGUGGAGGAGGAGGAGGAGCUGAACUAACGGUAAUAAACUGUCGGCGUGGAACCAGUGAAAGGGACCGAAGGGUUCUUUAACGGUUUAACGCUGUUUCCCCGCAGGAUGGAGGCGGAGACAAGUCGCCGCCGCUAAGUGACUGUAAGUGAUUCACCUGAGCCUCAGAGGAAACGGCAACAUGUGGACAACUGCUACCGACGCCUCCACCUCGCUGACAACUGCUGGUCGUCGAGCGGUGACCGAUAAGAACCAAUCAGGACGUAGAACGUGGGGCGUCUGCGUCCCCAUCGUCAAAGACACAAACACACGAGACGAGUGCAGCUCCACCCAGUGGUGGGUACCCCAGUUCAUCAGAAUCGAUGUCCAACCUGGAGGACGGACGUCAGGAUGAGGACUCUGAGUCUUUGGACCGGAGCAUCCAGAAGUCUCUGUGUGACCUCUACCCCCCGUUCCAGGACACGUCCCCCACCGUCCUGUGUCAGGUGAUCAGUGUGGUGGACGGCUGCUACAGAGGAGACGCUCUCCACUUCCUGUUCCACUUCCUGCUGCCGGCCAAGCACCUGCUGCAGACGCUGCAGCAACAUGCCUGUUUGCAGUACAGUGGUGUGUUGUUUCGUCAUGAAGGCUGGCCUCUGUGCGUCCAGGAGAAGGUAGUCGUUCAGCUCUGUCCUCUGGACCAGCGUCUGCUGCGUCCAGGAGACUUCUACCUGCUGGUGUCUCCUCCUGCUACUCCCCCUCCUCCCCUUCGAACGCACAGUGCCUCCUGCAGGAGCGGCUCCGGCUCCUCCCCCCGCCUGCUCCUGUGCAGUGUGUCGGCCGGCAGCCAUCAUGUGGAGCAGCAGGAGGUGUCGGAGUUAGCCCUGUGCUCCCUCUUCAGCAUGGCCUGGCUAGACUCCGUCAACAGGGAGAGGGAGCAGCGAGGAGCGUCCAGGCUGGAGCGCUGCCUCCUCUCCGCCAGCGGGGACGUCUUCAGGGUUCCCUGGGAGGACCUGGUUUACCCACAGUUCCUCAGCCGGUCCCGGGCUGUCCUCUUGGAGGACAAGGAGUCCUCCGCGAAGGACGGAGAUAUGUUGAUCAGCGCAUCAUAUGACCCGUGUGGAGAUACUAACUCCUCGAGACAGGGGGAGGUAAACCCCUGCCCACCUAAAACCAACCAAUUGGCGGCGAGCAGCGAGGCCGAGGACUCGGAGGGGGAGUACGUGGAACUGACGGAGCUGCCGCUGCCGCCACUGCUGCCUCGCUUCUCCCCACAGAAGGGCUCCUUGACCCAGUCCAUCAGUCUGCAGCUCCGAGGCAGGAGCAGCACAAACAUCUCCCCACACACACCUCACAACACACUCACACCUCACGACACACACAUUGCUCACAUCACGCUCACACCAAACAACACACUCACACCUCAUGGCACCCACACACCUCACUACACUCAUGCACCCCUCAACACACAUGCACAUUCUGCCGUAAGCACACAAACACCAGACAACACACGCACACCAAACACACACACACCUCACAACACACAGAUACCUCACAACACUCACACACACUCCUCUGUCAGUUCUCACACUGGACUUUGUUCCAAACUCAUCGAGGAGAACUUCACCCAGGACCCCCGUGGACCUGCCGUCCUCACCCCCACCUCCUCCUCUGCUCCUCCUCCUUCUGUCAUGGUAACAUCCAGCAGUUGGUCGGAGCAGCGGAUGUCACAGGAGCGAACAGAAGGUACUGAUACUGAACCUGGAAACUGCAAAGGACAGAGGGAGGAAGAGGAGGUGGAGGAGCUGAAACAGGAGGAGCGAGGGAAAGAGGAUGAGACGGAGGAAAGCAAAGAAGCGGGAGAGUUGAUAGAGAGGAAGGAAAGGAAGCAUGAAGUGUUGGUGUCAGUUGACGAGGCUGUAGAGGAAGAGGAGGAGACGCACACUGGUGAGGAGAGAGGAGACGGGAGAGAGGAGGUGGAAGAUGAAAGUGAAGAGACAGAGUGGGAGGAAGUGUUGGAUGGGGAGGGAGACGAUGAGUCAGAGGAGGUGGAGCUUCAAGAGGAGGUUCAGGUUAUAGUUGUGCAGCACAGAGAAGAAAGAAGAGAGGAGCGAGUGAUGAGAGGAGGAGGAAGAAAAGAGAAAGAUGAAGAAGAAAGAGAAAGUCAAGGAACGCACAUCAAUGAAGCUGAUUCAUAUGUGAACUCAUACCCUGAGGACUCAUAUUCUGAAGACAUAAAUCACACACACUGUGAGGACUCUUACACUGAAAAUAACACACUACACUCAAACUUAGAGGACUCUUAUUCAGAAAAAAUCUCACUACAAACACAGUUGGAGGACUCUUAUUCUGAAAACAACACACAAAGAACUCACCAUGAGGAGUCUUAUUCUGAAAACAUGAAUCACACACUCUCUGAAGAUUCCAACACAGUAAACACACACUUAGAGGACACUUGUUCUGAAAACACACAGAUAACCCACUCUGAGGACUCUUAUUCUAAAAAACCUACACUACAAACACACCCUGAGGAUGCUUAUUCUGAAAACAUAAAUCACACACAGUGUGUAGAGUCCAACACAGUACACACACACCCCAGGGACGCUUACUCUGAAAACACUUCACUACAAACACACUCUGAGGACUCUUAUUCUGAAAACAACACACAAAUAAAACAUCCUGAGGACUCACACUCUGAAGAGUCCAAUUCAGUAAACACACACCCUGAGGACUCUUAUUCUGAAAAACCUACAAUACAAACACACCCUGAGGACUCUUAUUCUGAAAACUCUACACUACAAAUACAUCCUGAGGACUCUAACUCUGAAAACAUAAAUCACACACACUCGAAAGAGUCCAACACAGUAAACACACACUCAGAGGACUCUUAUUCUGAAAAUACUUCACUACAAACACACUCUAAUGACUCUUAUUCUGAAAAAACGUCACUAAAAACACACCCUAAGGACUCUUAUUCUGAAAACACUACACUACAAACACACUCUAAGGACUCUUAUUCUGAAAAAACGUCACUAAAAACAAACCCUAAGGACUCUUAUUCUGAAAACACUACACUACAAACACAUUCUGAGGUCUCUUAUUCUGAAAACAUAAAUCACACACACACGGAAGAGUCCAACACAGUACACACACACUCAGAGGACUCUUAUUCUGAAAACACCACAUUACAAAUCCACCCUGAGGACUCUUAUUCUGAAAAUACUGCACUACAAACACACACUGAGGACUCUUAUUCUGAAAACAACACACAAAUAAAACAUCCUGAGGACUCACACUCCGAAGAGUCUAACACAAUACACAAACACUCUGAGGACUCUUAUUCUGAAAAACCUACACUACAAACACACCCUGAAGACUCUUAUACUGAAAACAUUAAACCACCAACCCGCUGUGAGGAGUCUGAAGAGUCCAUCGCACCAGAGAAGGAUUCAGAACCUGAGGAGUGUGACCAUGGAGACGAGGAAGAGGAGGAGCAGGUUGGUGGAGGAGGAAGAAGAACUGAAGAUCUUCAGACUGAAGGUCUCAGCAGUGAUCUGUCUCCUGUCCAGUCACAAUUCUGUCAGUCAGCUGGUUCCAGUCCAACAGAAUCGGAAAAAACGUCUCUGUGUCCAAAGCAGACCGGUCCAGCUGUGGACACAGUCCCACACCUGUCGUCCCCGGCGACCACGUCGUCCCCGUCCAGCUCCUACAGGGAGCUCCUGCGCUCUGGAGCUCUCUGUGUGCCGGGAACCAGAGACCGAAGUGGACGAGCUCUUCUCACCGUCUCCACCUGGAACUCCGUGUGGUCCAACCCCAACUGUGACCAGUCCGAGCUGCUCUGCCUGCUGCUCUACUAUACCUCCACUCUCAGGAAGGAGGUGCGAGCGCUCGGGCUGACUGUGCUGGUGGACGCCCGCAGAGCGUCUCCUUUCACCGCCCUGUUCCCGGCCCUCCGGUCCCUGCAGGAGAACAUACCUGGCUCCAUCCACACUGUGUUACUGCUGGUCAACAGAGACUCCUCCUCCUCGUCCUCUCUGCGUGUGGACAGCACCGCGGUCCCACAGGUGGUGUUGACCUCAGUGAAGUCUCUUCAGAAACACGUGGAGCUGCAGCAGCUUCCCACAGAGUUCGGGGGCUCGUUCAGCUUCAGUCAGAGCAGCUGGCUCUGCUUCAGAUCGAGAGUGGAGCAGCUGACCAGUCAGUGUGAAGACGUCAUCAACCUGCUGCAGAAAAGCAUCAAUAUCCUGCAGGACACGCCUCUACCUGCUUCUGCCCAGGAUGCCGAGCUGCUGCUGUGCCGCUACAAGGCCCUGAUGCGUAGCGUCCUCGAAGACCGCCGACUGGUCCAGUGGCAGCAGGAGGGCGGGGCCUCUCUGUUGCGGCUCCGUCGAGAGGAUAGCGGCGUCGGCGCAGCAGAGGGGUGCCGGGCGGCGGUGGAGACCGUAUCGUCUCUGUACGACCGGGUGGACGAGCUGCUCCACCGCCUCGUGACGCUGUCCAACGCCAGGACACGGGAGCUGAGCUUCAUCUUGGACUUCAGCGGUCUGGAGCGGGAGUUCACCGAGGUGAGCUCCUGGCUGCGGGUGGAGGGAGAGCCUCGUCUGAAGAGUCUGAGUGAACCUGAAGAUACUCUGGAGCUGCUCAAGAAGAAACAGCUGGACUACAAGGACUUCUACACGGCCGCACAUAAUCACUGUAAACGAGGCGAGGCGCUGUUGGGUCGUCUUGAGCGCCGGGGCGAUAUGUCUUCAGCUGACCUCCACAGCUACGAGGUCAAAGUUCACUCCUUCUGGGCUCGGCUUCAGGAUUUCUCUCAACGGGUCAACGCCACCGGCCGGAAUAUUGACCGUGCCGCGCGACUCUACGGAUUCUUAGACCAGGCCUAUGGCUGGGCGUUGGAGGGUAUGCGUCACCUAGCUGGCGUCAGUAUGGAGGAGUGCACGCUGCCGGACAAAUGCCAGGCUGUGAUUGGCUGCCUUGAGGACUACCAGAGCCUACACCCACCAAUCCCAGACGGCCGGUUUCAGGAGAUGAAGGCGGUGGCGGGCGAGCUGCGGGGCGAGCGAGGCCUCCGCCAGUGGAGCUUCGCCUGGUCCAAGUGUCAGGAGACCAAGAAGAUGCUUGACAGGAAGAUGGAGGUGGCGCGCAGGACACGAGACUCCGCCCAGAGACGCUGCUCUGACCCCACCCCCAACAGAAGCUCCACCUCCUCCAGGAAGUCAUUGUCAGGACUCCGGGGCAUCUGCGAGGUCUCCUCCUCCUCCUCCUCCUUGGCCACAGAGGAGGACACCAAUACCUCCUCUCGCUCACGUACCUCCUCCUUCCUGCUGCCCCUCACCUCCUCACCCAUCACCUCCACCCGCUCCCCUCACACCCCCCAGCACACACCCCUCCUCCACCGACUGUUCCGCAGCAGCAGCUCCUCAGAGGAGUCUUCAGACCGGGUGGACGUCUGCUCCUCCAGUCCGAGCCUCCCCCACCUGGACUCCUCCGUCAGCUCCUCCUCCUCCUCCUCGUUCUUUUCCUCCUUCACCAGCAGGCGGCAGCAGCUCAGGAAGACUCAGAGCUUCGACUGCCCCCCGACCCCCGAGGCGCUGCGCUACGGGCCGUGUCCUCGUGCCCUCAGCGAGCCAGUGCGCAGAGGAAACACCGGCGUCUUCAUCCGUGGCCUGGAGGUCAGCAGCAGCGAGGCAGCCGACCGCACGCUCUGCCCCCGGACGGCUGCUCACAACUGGGCAGGACAGGGGCUGCGUGGCCCCGGGACGCCCGGCAGCCCCGCAGCUGACCCCCGACCCAGAGGAAGUAAACUGCGUCACAUCGUGGAGGAGAUGAUCACCACUGAGCGGGAGUACGUCCGCUCUCUGCGCUACAUCAUCCAUCACUACUUUCCGGAGAUGGACCGGGUCGACCUCCCUCAGGACCUGAGGGGGAAACGCUCUGUCGUCUUCGGGAACCUGGAGAAGCUCCUGGACUUCCACAGUCAGUUCUUCCUGCGAGAGCUGGAGGCCUGCUGGAAGCACCCGCUAAGAGUUCCUCACUGCUUCCUCAGACACCAGGAGCAGUUCAGUCUCUACGCUCUCUACAGCAAGAACAAACCCAAGUCUGAUGCUCUGCUGGCGAACCACGGAAACGCCUUCUUCAGGAGGAAGCAGGUGGAGCUGGGGGACAAGAUGGACCUGUCGUCCUACCUGCUGAAGCCCGUUCAGAGGAUGAGCAAGUACGCGCUUCUCCUUACUGACCUCUUCAAGGAGGUGGGCGCGGCUCAGGAGGCGGAGCUGGCCGCCCUGCAGGCCGCCACCAACAUGGUCAAGUUCCAGCUUCGCCACGGCAACGACCUGCUGGCAAUGGACGCCAUCCGAGACUGUGACGUGAACCUGAAGGAGCAGGGUCAGCUGAUCCGUCAGGACGAAUUCACGGUCUGGACCGGGAGGAGGAAAUGUCAGCGUCACAUCUUCCUGUUCGAGGAGCUCGUUCUCUUCAGCAAACCCAAGAAGAUGGAGGGCGGCCUGGACGUGUUCAUCUACAAACACUCCUUCAAGACUGCAGACGUGGGACUGACGGAGACGACGGGCGACGAUGGGCUCCGUUUCGAGAUCUGGUUCCGGAGGCGGACGUCCAAGAACCAGACGUUCAUCCUGCAGGCGGCCACCGCCGACGUGAAGCUCGCCUGGACGAGUGACGUCGCCCGGAUCCUGUGGACGCAGGCCACCAAGAACAAAGAGAUGCGUCUGAAGGAGAUGGUGUCGAUGGGCGUCGGGAGCAAACCGUUUCUGGACAUCCAGCCGAGCGACGCCGCCAUCAGCGACCGAGCCGUUCACUACAUCAUGAAGAACAGAGGCGCCAGGACGAGGGCGUCCAUCGCCGUCUCUGUCUUCGAUCACUCGGACCCUUUCAAGCGAGGGGCGGUGACCUCUGACCCCUCGACGUCGGGGCCCUCGUCUUCCGGCCUGCUGGGACCUCUCAACCUGCACAUGCACAUGUACAGCCAAGCUCUCCCCCCCUCCCCUGCCGCCGAAGGCUCCUUCAUCACUUCCUGCAUCGAGGAAGACGAGCAGGAGCACGAGACGAGCAGCCAACCCUCCAUGACCACAGAAAGUUCGGGCUCGUCGUCUCGCUGCCUCUCCGGCUCCACGGGCUCCGACAGCGGCUGCGUCUCCUCCCACCUCCAGGAGGCGCUGCCCGAGGAGCCAGGCCGCACCCCCUCCAACAAGAAGCCUCUCGGCAGCCAGUACAUUUCAACAAAACCUGCCGAGGUCAUCGGCCCGGCCACCGUCGUGUGAGUCUGCUCGCCUGUAGGCCACGCCUCCUCAGUGACAUCACCACCGACCACUGCCCAGGAGCCGCUUUUACGUUUCAACUCGUCACUCAGAGAACUGAACAUAACUUUAUUGACGAAACAGCUUUCGUACAAAUGGACACGAAACACGGAGAAGAAACAAACUCAUAAUCAUAAAUACAAUAAGUUUAAUGCUGAUAAAUCAGUUCAUAUCAGAACAACAUCUGAUCCGUGUUGAUGUUGAUGUUGAUGAGCUGUGAUGCUGAACGUGUGAGUGUGUGUGUCCUUCUGUUGCAGUUUGAACAUCGAUAGAGUUUGAUGUUUUAUUUCCGUUCGUGAAGCUUCAGUCGAGUCUGUUCUGUAAAUAUGAUCUGUGCUGAUCCUGUGUGUGUGUGUGUGUGUGUGUGUGUGUGUGUGUGUGUGUGUGUGUGUGUGUGUGUGUGUGUGUGUGUGUGUGUGUGUGUGUGUGUGUGUGUGUGUGUGUGUGUGUGUGUGUGUGUGUGUGUGUGUGUGUGUGGGAUCAGCUGGUCUCUGUACAUGUGUGUAAAUAAACCACAGCUGAGCUUCUGCUGUCACUUUUCUUACUUGAAUAAACCUGAGACACGUUUCAGUCA